UUUUUUCCUCAGAAACCAAGGGCUGUCAGAGAGGGAGUAAGUGGAGCUGCACCUCUCUGACACAAGCAACAACUAUGCAGCUGUAGUAAUUUAGCAAGACCAACUUUUUUUUACUUCGAUUGGAACCAUCGGAUCGCAAAAAAUGUUUUCCUAAAUUGUUGCUACCUUACAUGUUAGCGUCCGGGUUAGCUUGAAGUUUGGACCGUUUUGCUAAUUCGUCACUUUUCGACCCAAAAUUCAAACGUAAUCUACCACAAAGCAAUACAUUCUGAAGGAUUAGUACACAUUGGACAGCUAAACAUGGAGUCGGUAGAUAUAUUCGGCUGCACCAGUCCUGUUAACAUCGUUUUGAAACGAAGGCCCGACGGGAUCCCCGGGCUUUCCUCGCUCUCUCUGCCCGAGAUGAGCACAAAGAACGCGCACUGCAGGGACCUGUUCUCCCCUGGACCCGCCACCGUGCUGUCGCCUGUCACUAAUUUGGCUCUGGACAUGAACAAAUGGACUGGACUUGCAAGUUUAUGUGAUACCCCGAAAAGAAGAAAGCAUGCAUCCCUUGAAAAGAUUCCCUCCUUUGCCUCUGACGUCUCAUCUGAUGCUGGCCUCGGCAUGGAUCCCCCGAGUCCCAUGGAUGAGUUGGGAAUGGACGACUCAUUUGAAAAGGCCAUUCAACAGUCGAGAAGAGUCAUCAAUGACAGGAUGCCAAUUCGAAGAAUCAACUCUUUGCCGCUGCAGCUCCAGAGUUUCAGUCCAUCAAUGAAGGGACAGGAAACAGAUUCUCACCGCUAUGGAAUAUUCGGACAACAACCCUCCCAAAUGACCUCUUCCUCCGCCUCCCAGCGCGACAACAAGGAGAACAUGCCGGAGGAGUGCUUUGAAUUCAAGAAACCCACCAAGCCUGUGUCCCGGUGUCGUGUGCGCUCCUUCAGCAACGGUCAGGCGUUCUCCCGCCGUCCCAGCUCCGCACCGGCUCUCAUGUUUUCCUCACCUCCUCCGAUCCAGCAGCUUGACUUUUAUGACACUAGCCCGAUGUUCCUGAGGGGUACCUCCCCUCUCAAUGACGACGAGGAUGACGGCUUCCUUGACGUAAUAGAUGACAACAUGGAGGACAACUCCAGGAUGCCGAUGGGAAUGGCCUGCUUGCUCACUGCCCCGCUGGUGACCGACAGUUCAGGAGAAGACUCUCCUGUGAUUCGUUGCCGGCCCCGGAGCCUGUUCCGCUCCCCCUCCAUGCCCAGUCCCCUCCCGUCGCGCCCCUGUGCGAAGCGCCCCGACUGUCCGGCGGACGACAACACGCCGGUCCGGGUGAAGAGGCGCCGCAGCCUGGCGGGAACCCAGGUCACCUCCCCGGAGCGCAACUCCGAAUCACCGAGAGUGGGCUGCUCUGUGCUCCAGAGGUCCAAGUCUUGCUGCCAGGCGGAUAUCGAGAAGCUGCUGGACAGCGACGACAUCUCUAGUGACCUGAUAGGAGAUUUCACCAAGUCUUUUGUGCUACCCACAGUGGGAGGCAAACAUCAAGACCUCAAGUACAUCACCCCUGACACAAUGGUGUCAGCUAUCUCCGGUCAGUUUAAUCAUCUAGUGGAGCGUGUCAUCGUCAUGGACUGCCGCUACCCGUACGAGUUUGAGGGAGGACACAUAAAGGAAGCUUUGAACCUGCACCAGGAGUUUCAGGUGGAGGAUUUCCUCCUGAAAACGCCUAUCGUCUCGUGCUGCCCGGACAAGCGCGUCGUCAUCAUAUUCCACUGCGAGUUCUCGUCGGAGCGCGGCCCUCGGAUGUGCCGCUUCGUCAGGGAACGAGACCGCGCCGCCAACGAGUAUCCAAACCUCCACUACCCUGAGCUCUACAUCCUCAAGGGCGGAUACAAAGACUUCUUCCCUCAUAACCAGGCACAGUGUGAACCACAGGCCUACAGGCCGAUGCACCACGAGGACUUCAAGGAGGACCUGAGGAAGUUUCGCCUCAAGAGUCGCACCUGGGCCGGGGAGCGCAGCAAGAGAGACAUGUACAGCCGCCUGAAGAAUCUGUGAGCGCCUCGUCGACCUACUAAGAAACACACUGCCCCCCCCCCCCCCUCCCCCAAACCAGGAAAUACCUUUGGGGAUUGUGCCAACAGAAGGGGUUCUAAUACCCAACAAUUUCCCUGUAACUCUAGAAAAGUUAGUUAUUUAUGCAGAUUUAAAGCGGGGAAAGGCGUGACACGCUGAGGUGCACAGAUUUCUUUAAGAACUAAUGUAACCUUUUUUUUAAAAACCACUUGGACCUACUGUUUUUUAAAAAAUGUGUUUUAUUAUUUUGUACAAUAACACAACCCACACUGCCUAGUCUGAAUUUCUUUUAGACUCCUCACCGGAUAUUUUCUUCCGUCAUCUCCCACUUUAUUGAAGCACUUAAUUUAAAUACCAUGAAAUGGUGAGGUGCUGUUUUGAUACUUUUAAUUUUCUAAGUUUUACCCCCAAUUUUUGUAUUGAUUUUUUUAAAGAAUGCCUUUCUCUAGGCAUCCCAAAAAGCAAAUUUGAUAUUUUACGACAACUUGUACAGAUUUUAAUCUAGAUUUUUUUUUUUUUUUCUAAUUUUCUGAUCAUUUUUUCUGUCAGAAGAUACCAAAGCAAACACACUACCUGUUAACUUUGCAGUGAGAUUUACCUGAUGCUGCAGGUCAGCAAGUGAUAGGAGUUCUUGUCCUAAGAUCUUUCUUUGUUUUGCUUUGAUUCUUUUAACAUUUCCAGUGAUUAAAAUGUCUUCCCCUCUGCAGAGGUUAUGAUGAGUUUAUUGUGAACGUGGCGGUUUGAACAUUUUGGUACAGGCUUGCGGGGGAGCUGCCGAAAUAAAAAGCCAACGUGUGUUCAAAUGUGA